AUAAAAAGAAGGACGAAAAGAAAUAAACUAAAAAAAUAUAAAUAAAGCCGAUUAAAUAAACGCUCACAAUUAAAUAAUAUAUUUCCCUUUUCUUUGUUUUUAAACAUAAAAAAAAACCCCUUGUCUUAUGUUUAAACGCGCCAUUCAUUCAUCCGUUACACGUCAAAAAAAAUAUUACGAUAUUCUACAACUAAAAGAAAGUGCCGACAAAAGGACAAUUAAGUCUCAUUAUUACAGACUUUCCAAGAAAUAUCAUCCGGAUCUUAACCCAAACAAUAAGCAGGCACACCAAAGGUUUCUCGAAAUUAAUGAAGCUUAUGGUGUACUUGGUAAUGAGGCAAGUAAAAGGAAAUACGACAACGAAAGUCAUGGACAUAGCAGCAGCCAUCAAGGCCAUGGACAUGGGCACGUGCAUUCAGCAGCUAAAUACUCGCGUUCUGGUGGUGGCGGCGGAAAUAAACAAGCUUGGCAUUUUAGAAAUAGAAAGGCGACUAAAGGGACUGGUUCAACCAGCGCACAAGAACAAGCAGAAAGAAUGAGGAAUCCUUAUACAGACAAUACAGGCUUCACUCAAAGCAAUCCUUAUAAUCAACGGUACGAAGCCGAAGAACAGCGAAGAAGGGAAAGAGUGGAAAAUGCUACUGAAAGAAGAAGAGCGGCAGGUGACAGCUCAAUUCCUGGCAAAGUGGCACCAGGCAUGGAAAAUCUAUGGGGGCGCUUGUGGCGAUUGAGCGUAGUUUUGACAGGUAUUGCUUAUGUGGCUCAAAAGCUUCAAUAAUACAAACAUCAUAGACACAUAUAUAUUAUGGACGCAAAUAAUAGAAUUCGCUUUUAUUUUAAUUUCCC